CUCUUACUAGGGCUUCGGGUAGAGUUUGAACCGUAGUAUUAAAGGGCUAAAACCGACAAUUUCACAGGAAAUUCAGACUUUGAACAACGUUUUUUUCCCCAAAUACUCUGAAUUACAAAAUACAGACACUCUGCAGACUGCAAAAAGGAGAGAAUUUCUGUCUCCCGAUCACCGCUAUGAAUUCUUGAUUUAAUCGUUCAUCGAGUUUAUUCAGUUAACUUGCUAACGAACCACAUUAUUGUUGUUUUUCUGUGAAGCCGCAUCCUUCAACCGCCGCCUCGAACGGCGGCGUGGGCUGCCCACGCUUGGGGCUGCAGAGCCAACCCUCGCCGUGGGCCCCGUUUCGAUCAAAUCCAGUUCCCCACCGCCAUGGCGUCUGCGGUCUCUCUACAGCCGCCGGAGCUGGCACCCCCUUCGGAUGAAUUUGUGAACGGAAGUUCGGGCUCUGAAGCGCAGCCCGAGGGCUCCGAUUUUAACGGCGAUGGCAAUGCGGGUCAUCCGAGGAGGCCCGCGUGGAAUAGGCCUAUCAAUGGCGAUGUUGAGGGGGUUUCUGUUAUGGGUGGGGCAAUUUCUUGGCCCGCUCUAUCCGAAUCAACCCGGCCCAGUUCCAGAUCCUUGUCAGAUUCAACCAGACCCAUGUCCGAUGGAUCAGCUCCUCCAUACCAGGCUCCUCCUUUACUAUCUCAACCGCCUCAGAGACAAGUCAAUCCCCACAGCCAUGCCAAUUCCUCUGCAAACAACACGAACACGAGCAGAGCAAGGUCAAGGAAUCGUGGUGGUGGGCCUUCUCAUAAUAACAACUUUGCUCGGCCAUCUCCACCACCCCCCUUCCCCGUUUUUCGUCCAGUGGUCGAUACAGGGGCAAAUCAGUCAACUGGAAUUUCCCCAAGAACCCCUUCAAGGAGGGCUCAUAAUUACGGGCCCCGGCCACGAGGUGACGGGCCCCAUCACAAUAACUAUGGAGCCCGACGCCAUCAAGAUCGGAGGGAAGCUAAUAUUCCUCCCCCAUCUUAUAUGCCUCAACCUUCUCCCAUGUCAUAUAUGCCUCCUCCCUUUAUAGGCCCACCACCAAUGAGGGUUUUCCCAGGACAAAUGGGGUUCGAGAUGGCAUCUCCUUUUGUGUAUGUGGCCCCGCCGCCGCCGCCUUUGGGUCCGGAGUCCUUUAGGGCUAUGCCAGUUGUACCGCCACCAAUGCCUAUGCUUUUUCCUCCGGCUAAUGAGAAUAAUUUGACAAAUAUGAUUGUCAAGCAAAUAGAUUAUUACUUCAGUGAUGAUAACUUGGCGAAGGAUAAUUAUUUGAGGUCAAAGAUGGAUGAUCAGGGCUGGGUGCCCAUUACUCUAAUAGCAUCCUUUCAUCGAGUCGAACAAUUGACGAAGAAUGUUCAAGUAAUUUUGGACGCAUUAAAACAUUCAACAGUUGUGGAAUUGCUGGGUGAAAAGAUCCGGAGACGUGACACAUGGCAAAAAUGGCUACAUUCUUCGAGCCGUCCGAACUCUGAGACUGGUGGUGCUGUGAAUGUAUAAGAGGCAAAUGACUGAAAAUUCCAGAACCUGUUUGUUUUGAGUGGCCGGCUGGAGGAGAUAACUAUAAUAAUAAUAAUAAAAAAAAAUCAUCUUUCAACAUAAAACGGAGAGAGAAAAGGAGAGGGAAACCAUAGAUUUAGCGACAUUUUUUAUUUGCCACAAACUUACAUGAUGAAUAUUUUGGUGUGUGCGUAUUCGAAGGGGAACAUCUUUUGUUUGGAAGCUGAUAAAACAUGAGUUGGUUUGUGGUUUUACUGGGAAUAAAUUUUGUCUUAAUACUUGCAGAUUCGUCCUUAUUUUUUUUUCGAGAUAAUACUAUUUAUACACUUUAAUAUGUUGUUUUUCUUGCUUAUAUCCUG